AUGGCUGCCAACAAUGUCCUUAAAUCGCUUGUGUUGGGUAAUUCAUUGAAUAUUAAUCAACGAGAUCGCAUACCUGCUGAAAAAAAUUCAACUAAUGAUGAUACAGAUGAAUCGGAAUCAGAUAAUAAUAAUGAUGUUUUCGUGGAAUUACCAAAUAUACAACAACGAAUGGAAAAAUUAAACCGUCAACGUUCAACAACAUCUUCUUCGACUCAAAGUGGUGAUAGCCAACAAGAAGUGGUACCACCAUCUAUGACGAAUAGAGCAACACGCUUUCUCUCUAUCAGCGAAUCACUUCAUUUACCCGAAGAAAGUUUAUUGAAAUUAAGACAAUUACAUCAGGCAAAAGUUAACGAGAAACCUUGGGAAAUUACUGAUGAAUUUUUAGAAACAAUGCCCUUCAGACUUGCCCUUGACGAUAAAGAGGAUGUUGACGGCUCAAAACAAGAAUCAUUACCUCAUAUUGUUCGAAGUGGUUUAACGAAUGAUCGAAAACUAGAGAUAAUUCAAAACAUUUUAGAUAAACUAAGUAAACAAAAUAUUGUCGAUGAAUGUAGACGAUCCUGUGCGAUUCCAUACACAUUACCAAGAAAAAAUCAGCUUCAACGGCAUGUAGCAGAACGAAUGAUUGACUUGACUAAUAGUGAUACUGUCAUGUUGCUUGAUCAUUUAUGUAUGAAAAACUUGUGCACAAAACUUGAACAAGAACAUCAAGACAGAAUUCAAUCAAAAUUUGAUAGGCUGGAAGAAGCGGAGCGUCGACGGGAAAGACAUGUGCAAUUACUUGAUGAAUUUGAUAUUAAAAAACACACUGAGCAAAAAGCUAGAUCGUUAGAAAUGCCAGUUUAA